CGAAACAUCCCUCACAUUCGAUUUUGAAAAGUCAAAACAUUUCUAUUUUUAUUUACAAAAUAUUUUUUUGCUUCAAACAAAUAAGAAAUCUUAAAAAUUUCAAUAACUUUUGAGUUUUCUCAAAAUGUGCCUAGUUCCCUCAGUGCUCCGCAGUGCAUUAUUAACAAGUCGUAGAAGUAUACUACUCAGUGCAAUAUGUAAGAUGGCGGACUAUACAAAGACGAGAGUGAAUCUCAAGCUAACGGCCGAAUCGACGCUGAUAUGUCAGGGUUUCACUGGCAAACAGGCGACAUUUCACUGUCAGGAGGCGCUGAAAUAUGGCACGAAAUUACUAGGUGGCGUUUCGCCGAAGAAGGGUGGCACCAAACAUCUCGACAAACCCGUCUUUGCCACCGUCGAAGAGGCUAAAAAAGCCGUCAAUCCGCACGCGACAGUGCUCUACGUGCCUGCACCAGGUGCCUUCAAGGCAGUUGAGGAGGCUCUUAAAGCAGAAAUACCGCUCAUCGUGAUCAUCACCGAGGGCAUACCACAGCAUGAUAUGGUGCGUGUGAAAGAUGCGCUAAUGCAGCAGGAGAAGAGUCGCAUAGUUGGUCCUAACUGUCCGGGCAUUAUAGCGCCGGAGUGGUGCAAGAUCGGCAUUAUGCCGGGUAAUAUACACAAACGCGGUUGUGUGGGUGUUGUUUCGCGUUCGGGCACACUCACAUACGAAGCCGUCAAUCAGACGACCAAACAUGGGCUCGGUCAAACGCUGUGCGUUGGUAUAGGUGGUGAUCCAUUUAAUGGCACCAAUUUCAUAGAUUGCAUCGACAUUUUUCUAAAGGAUCCCGAAACAAAAGCUAUUGUGAUGAUUGGCGAAAUCGGCGGCAAUGCCGAGGAAGAUGCGGCCGAGUAUUUGAAACAACACAACUCGGGUGAUAAGGCCAAACCGGUUGCCGCCUUCAUCGCUGGCAGAACCGCGCCACCCGGCAGGCGUAUGGGUCAUGCGGGCGCUAUCAUAUCCGGUGGCAAGGGUAUGGCCAUCGACAAGGUGAAGGCGUUGGAGAAGGCAGAUGUUCUGGUAACGUCUAAUCCGACUUUGAUGGGCAAGAUGCUGGCGGAUGAGAUGAAGUGUCGUAAAUUGAUUUGAAGUCGCCGCUGAAGCUGUAUUGUUUUGAGAUAAUUGCAACUGUUAUUUGUGCUGUUGUAGAAUUGAAGAAACCAGUAAAUAUAUAUCUCCGUAUGACAUCUCCGUGACAUAAUAUUUACAUUUUUUUUAAAGGAAAUUAUUAUAAAAUUAUCCCCUAAUUUGUUAAUGGGGGAAAUUUUGAUAGAAAUUAAAAUUUAUUGAAAAUUAUAAAA